GUAAAUUAGCCUACCCAUUAGUCUCUAUUCACGGCGUACAGAUCGUGGCGAUCUCAGAAAAGCAGAACUCCUUGAAAGGAAAGCUUUUUCUAAUCAAAAACGAUUCAAAAUCUGCGUCACGUGGAUUGCGCGUUCUAUGUAACCUUAGCACUCGGUACAAGGGUUAGCACCAUUCUUCAGGUAGACAUGCCACAAUUCUGGUGGUUUUUGUGCCUGCUUCUCGCUUCUCUGACAGUGACCAGUCAAACUCAACUAGUGUCUAAGCGAAGAAUAGGUAUGCGACUACCAAACAUGCUUCACUACAGACCGGGAACGAUAGAAAAACGACGAAUUGGCAUGCGCUUACCUAACAUUAUCUACUUGAGGUCAGAACCCGAGAAAAAGGACUACUGGGAGUAUAACUCUCUCAUCUAAAUAUUGUCAUUUUCGAUAACAAAAUUGUUGUAGAGUGUAUUUACUUGAAACGUUUGCGGAAUAAAUAUUACGCUGU